AUGCCUUGGAUAUUGGAUGGAAAUAAUGGUAUAAGAACUAGGAAACGUUUAAAGGACAAUGAUUUAAAUUUAGGUACUUGGAAUAUAAGAACAAUGUUACAAUCUGGAAAAAUGCAAGAAGUAGCAUAUGAAAUGUUGCGAUAUAAAAUAGAUAUAUUAGCUAUACAAGAAACCAGAUGGAAAGGAUAUGGAAAAAUUAAUAAACAGGAAUAUAUAGUAUACUAUAGUGGUGACGAGAAUAGAAGAGGAAUGUACGGUACAGGGUUUAUCAUAAACAAAAAAUUAAGAAAUAACAUAUUAGGAUUUACACCCGUUGAUAGCAGGCUGUGCUCGUUGAGACUUAAAGGGAAAUUCUGCAUUAUUACAGUUAUAUUUGCGUAUGCACCAACAGAAGAUUCCGAAGAACAAGAAAAAGAUGUUUUUUAUGAUAACCUAAGUACAUUGUGUGAAAAGGCAGGAUCGUAUGACACUCUUAUACUCUUGGGCGAUUUUAAUGCGAAAGUUGGAAAGGAAGAAUUUGUGCUGGAAGUUGCUGGGAAACAUUCUUUACAUGACAACACGAGCGCGAAUGGUUUGCGCCUGUGUCAAUUAGCCAGUGAAGCUGCAUUAAAAGUCAAAAGUACUUGUUUCGAGAGAAAGGAUAUAUAUAAGGGAACAUGGAGGGUUCCGGGUUCACAGGUAGUUAAUCAAAUUGAUCACGUAUUGAUCUCCUCGAGAAGAGCUUCCUCCAUAUUGAACGUUAGAUCAUGUAGAGGAGCAAACUGUGACAGCGAUCACUUUCUUGUGAAACUGGUUCUUAGACAAAGAAUUGCUAAUGUUGCCAAAGAAAGAGGCAUUAAGAGAAUCAAAUGGGACACCGAAAAAUUAAAAACCCCCGAAAUUCGAGAACGGUUUCAAUCCCGGGUGAACGAGAUACUUAAUGCCAAUAACAACGCUCAAGAAAAUGAAUCAGUAAAUGAAGAGUGGAAACGAAUUGAAAACACCCUUAACACAGUUGCUAACGAAGUAGUAGGAAGGAAGCCGAUCGAACGAAACAUAGAUUGGUUUGAUAACGAAUGCAAACAAGUAGAAAAAAUUCAAGAAGCACACUUAGAAGGCAACACUAGGGAAGUUUAUAGAAGAACCAAGUACCAGACUAAAGGUUACCAAGCGAAACUUAAUGUCUGCAAAGAUUCAGAAGGUAAUCUUAUAGUUGAAGAAAGCAAAGUUAUGGAUAGAUGGGUCGAGUAUUUCCAGAAAACACUUAAUGAAGGUUACAGUGCAGAUGAAGAAAACGUAUACGAUAAUGUACCUCUGGAGCCAGUUAUAGACAUGCCAACGAUUGACGAGUUAAGGAAAGCUGUAGAUAAGCUGAAAAAUAAUAAGGCUCCGGGAAAGAGCGGCAUAACGAUUGAGCUGGUCAGAGGUGGUGGGGAGAUAUUAUUAAAGCCAUUCAGUGAGGUAACCAUUGGUGAAUACCAAUGUGGAUUUAGGAAAAACCGCUCUACUGUAGAUCAAAUAUUCCUUUUGAAGCAAACAAUGGAGAAAUGUUACGAAUAUAACAUGGAUCUACAUAUCCUAUGUAUAGAUUUUCAACGGGCUUUUGAUUCAGUAAAACGAAGCAAGAUACGUGAGGCAUUAAUUGGACGCGGUAUACCCCACAAACUAAUACAAAUGACGUUACUGACAAUGCAGGACUCCAAAACUUCUGUAUUGAUACAAGGCCAGACGUCUAAAGAAUUUGCAGUCAAAGCUGGAGUUAGGCAGGGUGAUGCUUUAUCAACCUUAAUAUUUAAUAUGGUUUUGCAACACGCUAUUGGAACGCUAGAAAAUGGGGGCCACAUAUUCACGAGGCCGUACCAAAUAAUGGCAUACGCAGAUGACGUAUGCAUUGUCUCAAAGAGUUAUCGAACGAUGGCUGAAACGUUCGUCGUUUUGGCUGAGAUGGCACUCGAGGUAGGUCUUUUGGUUAACGAAGAAAAAACAAAGUAUUUGAGAAUGAGUCGAGAUGAAAGAAGAAGAGCACCACAAAACAUUACCAUAGGAGAAUAUAACUUCGAAGGAGUUACGCAUUUUAGGUAUUUGGGUGCAACGAUAUUUAAUGAUAAUAGUAUGCACGCCUGCAUAAAUGAAAAUAUUCAAAAUGGCAAUAGAAGUUAUUACGCAAAUAAGAAACUAUUUCAGUCUCGACUAUUAUCAAGAAACUUAAAAACCAUUUUAUACAAAACGACCAUCAGACCUAUAGUGACUUAUGGGUGCGAGGCAUGGUCUCUGACUCAGGGUGAUGAAAAUAACUUAAAAAUCUUCGAACGAAAAAUAUUAAGAAAGAUUUUUGGUCCCAAACGACUUGAAGAUGGAGCAUACCUUCUUCGUACGAACGAAGAGUUGAAUCAAUCAAUACAUGGCGAAAAUAUUGUAAAACACAUCAAGUCCCAAAGAUUAAGAUGGGCUGGCCACUUAGCACGGAUGCAUGAAGACCGCAAACAAAAACGAACCUUCGAAUAUAAGCCACUGUUAAGUAGAGGAAGGGGCAGGCCACGAGCUAGGUGGAUAGACGGCAUAGAAAGUGACUUGCGAACACUAGGGGUUCGCGACUGGAAGAGAGAGGCAGAAAAUAGAGCAGAAUGGAGGCAAAUUGUAAAGAAGGCCAAAUCUCACCACGAGAUGUAG